AUGAAUACUCAGCUCAUAAAAGUUUACUUUUGAUUCAAAAAGCCUUUUGUAGUUAGAAAAGUAUUUUUCCAAAAGCCCAUAACGUCAUCGCAAUUCUUUGCCAUGUUCCUUCCCUCAGCUUUUUUACAUUCUUAUUGUGACUGUAUAUGUUUGAAAUCACAGCUCUUUGUUAAUGUAGGCUAAAGUCUCUUUUCACUCUUCUGAGGCUCAGGAGCGCAGAGACAGAGCAAACAUUUCUUUGUACCUCUCCUUUUCUUCCUUCCUCGUACCUUAUGUCUCCUCCCUACCUGCUCCCUCUUUCUCCUUCUCCCAGAGCAGUCUUUUAAGUAUCUUGCUGUAUUCUCUUCUCUCCUCUCUUCGGGUCACAGACAUCAAAGAAAAGUGUGCAGAAUGCCUCUUUAUUCUGACAACAGCCCGAGAGAGUAUCUGACUGCUGAAGACGGCAACGGCGGUGGUUCAGGAGAGGAGAGAUGAGUGAACAACGUUUAUUAUUGUUGUUCACAUUUGAACCAAGAUGUCACUGAAAGUCCAGACAAGCAACAUUACCAACAAAAAUGACCCCAAAUCUAUCAACUCACGCGUGUUUAUCGGCAACCUGAACACAGCGGUGGUGAAGAAGAGCGACGUCGAGACGAUCUUCUCCAAAUACGGCCGUGUGUUGGGCUGCUCGGUUCACAAAGGCUACGCUUUCGUUCAAUACGCUAAUGAGAGACACGCUCGUGGAGCCGUCAUUGGAGAAAAUGGACGUGUGCUUGCUGGACAGACCCUCGACAUUAACAUGGCAGGUGAACCCAAACCCAACAGGCCUAAAGGACUAAAGAGAACUGCAGGGACAUUAUACAGCGGUUAUGAUUUUGACUAUGAUUACUACAGAGAUGACUUCUAUGACAGACUGUUUGAGUACCGUGGCAGAGUAUCUCCAGUGCCCAGAGCGGUUCCAGUAAAGCGCCCCCGUGUGGCAGUGCCGGUCGUCCGCAGGGUGAAGUCAUUACCUGUCAAACUCCUGACCAGAUCCACCAUCCUUCCCAACAGUUCUGUCAAACACAAGUUGAAAUCAACCGAGCUGCAGGCUAUCAAAUCAGAAUUGACGCAGAUCAAGUCCAACAUCGACGCGCUGCUGGGACGUCUUGACCAGAUCACAGAGGACAAAUACUGUGCCACAGAGUUGCAGAAGGCAGAGGAAAUGCAGAGCGAGAUGUCUCAGGACGAGUCGGGCUCAGAGUCAGAGGAACUGCAGCACAGUGAUGUGGAGGACGGAGAGGAGCACACACGCGAGGAGUGCGACGAAGACAUGGAAAACAAUCACAUAUCUGAAAUGGGUUCCAUUCUUCAAUAAAAGCGGGGAGUUGGAAAACACUGUCGACUGGAAACUUUUUUAAUACCACAGACUCAGCGGGAAGACACCGAAACCAACAGGCGCCGUCAAACUCCAGCAUCAGAUGUCAAUGAGACAGACAGCUAAACUAGCUGUUUGGUGGGAGGGAGGAGGGGGACGUCCCCCAAACCAGGAAUCCAUUACAAAAAGGGCCAGAGUUCCUGAGAGCAACAACAUCAUACACGCGACAACAGAUGGGGAUCAAUUUCACAGACAUUCUGCAUUCAUGCUCCCCGCAAAACACCAUUAACAUGCAGUUUUUCUACACAUUUGGGCGCCUCAUAUGUAAAUAACCUCAUCUUAUUUCUGUCCUUCCUUUUUUCAUGUCUGUUUGUGCUUUUGGAGAAAUGUUUUUCAUUUUAUUUAUAUGCCAGUCGGAAUCCGAAAGGUUGGCUAUUUUUAAUUACAUGUGCAUAUUUCUUCUGCUUGCACUUUCAAGACUGCAAGAGAUAUUUACAGAUGUAAAUAAACUACGAUUACUUGUGAGACGUCUUUCUCCGUGUGUUUGAAUGUCGCCUGCUAGGAAUGCUAAUAUUUAGGCUAUUUCUCCGCACCCUGUCUAUUAUGAUCUUUACCUGUAAGACGAGAUUUAUUCCACCUCUGUUAGAUUUGUUGCUAAGAGGAUUGAAGUAGCAGUUACUUGAAGGCACAGCUUGCUUUGAGGUCUGGAUGGGAGAGAACGUUUAACGCAACCUGUAGUAAGACUGAAAAAAGAAGCACUGCUAUAUUGCCUUAACUUCUAUAGCCACAAAUGGCUAUAACUGAAGUCCAAAACAUUUAGAAGAAGAACACCACAGGUGCCUCUUUUGAAAGAGCUGAUCCACCUCAUGCUGUUGAUAGAGUUUGUAAAGUUAGUGAAGCUGAACUUCCUUCAAGUAAGCCUGAAUAUUUUCUAAAUGCAUGUUAUAAAUCUUAUUCAUCCAUGCAUACAUUUCCUCUUUUCUUUUUUUCUGUUUUCUUUUCUUUUUUUUUUAAUUGACCAUCAUAAUUCGACCAAAACUACAU